GUGACUUGAUGAUGUAUUGUUGGGUUGGUUUUAUUAUUGUUGUAAAGUAAUAAUAAUAAAACUGCAUGUUGCCUACUCUUUAUACAAGAAGAUAACAUUCUUUUUCAUGGAUUUCACCAGCAUCUAUAAGUAAGGCUUAUGGUGUUGCUUACAAUUCAUUGUUGGACAAUUAGGAAUCAUGUAAUAUGUGUAUUUAAUUUGAAUUCUGUACACAAGUAAAACAAACUUACACUACCACUGUAUUUCAUUGCAAAUAAAUAUUUGAAACAAUUGAAAUAAAUGAACAGAUCAAGUAAUAUUAAAUAAACAAAUACUACUACAUGUUACAUAAAAUAUUAUCUAACAUGUUGCUUAAACCGGGUGCUAAUUCUUAUUACAUCAAAGUUUCUGAACCAUAAAGGUGACAGUUAUAAUUCAUAUGACACAAACAACGGCGCAGCUUUCUCAUUGCAUGUACAUCAAACAUUGUGAACCAUGAUACAAGUCAAUGCCCAAAUGAAAACUUUCACAGUUUGCAUGUGCAGUUCAUACAUCAAGUGUAAAAUGUCUGGUACUACUUGGCAAAUAACUAUAUUUAUGUUAACACUAAAACGGAUAAUUAUUUUAAGUUAUUUACAUUUCAGAUAAGAAAACUAUAUACAAUUAAAAUAAAACAUACUGUUACAUAAUAUAUUAAAUUAUAGCUGGUAUUUUUAAAAUUAAAUAUACCUCGAUUCAUUCACAAAAAAAUAAGAAAUAUGACAUUUUGGAAAAGAUCAACCUAGUACUUCCCAUCUCUUCCAUUGUUAUAGACACAAGAUGAAUUGCCAGGUUAGUGAUACAUGGCCAGCUCUGCCAGUUGUGAAUUUUAGGAAUAGUUGGCGAAUUUUAUUUUAAUUUGACGAAAAUAAAUUAAUGCAAUAAUUAAUAUUUGCUGUAAAAUAACUGAGGCAUUUUUGGAUAUAAUUAGGCGAAAUGUUUUGCACACCCAGAGCUAGUCCUGUUAUAUAUACUGUAUACAUGAGUUUUAUAUUUAAAGGCACAUUUUUGAAUUUCUUGGCUUUGUAAAUAAGCCGGUGGCUUUGUUUUUUCUCUACUGCUCACUAUAAAAGAAAGUUUUGGUAACAAAAUUAAUCAAUGUUUCUGGUGUUUGUUAUUUGGCAACCAACUAAGAAUAUUUCCUCACAAUAGAAAUGAGAGAAUGUGAUCACAUACAUGUUACAUAUAGUUAAUAUUUAGGAAUAAGAUAACAUAAUUCAGUCAUAUGUGACAUGAACAUUGCUUUAGUUGUAUUGUGUUUUUACAGAUUUUGUAUAGUCCAAGACGAACAUCAGGUGUUGGAACUCACUGAUGGUGAAUGUCUUGAACGUCUGUGGUCGUAUUUGGGCAAGUUUUCCAACAUAACCAAAGAAAUGACCCCAGAGAACAGGACAGAUCUUUUGGUGGAUGCUCUUAUUUAUUAUGGUCAUAAAAUUAGAAAUAAAUUGGCACAAUGUGUCACACCAUCUGAGGUUCAGAAAUGGUCUGAUGAUGAGCGACUUCAGACACAGACACAGACACAGAUACGACAAAAUCAAAAUGAGAACUAUACACCUGAAGAGCCUUAUGCAGUAAACCUGCGACAGUACCAACAUUUUCAAGAGGCGUUUUCUGCUGCAGCUGCUAAAGAAAUAUGCAAGAGGUCAAGCUAUUUCAAUAAGGGUGGGUCACCAGAUAAAGUCUGUCAACUCUGUGAUUCUCGGGAAGAUUAAAGGUUACAAUGACAUUGAUGGGCUUGUUGAACCAGAUCCGCUGUCAUUGACAUUUUCCACUGUCACAGACCCAAAUUCCAUCAUCUGGCAGGUUUUACAACCGAUGCCACUUGAAGCAUUAGGUAUUGCCAUUCCUAGAGAUGUCAAGCGCCUGCUCAUUGAUACAAAAGAAAUAAUGAACAGAUGUGAUCAGUACCGCUGGGACUGGGCAGUGUUUUAGUGCUUUCACCACUCGCAUUAUAGCUAUACAGGAAGACUAAAUAUUGCAACCUGGGUCAUGUUUCAAUCAUUCAUUUGGGAACAUUUUGAAUAGAUAUUUCCCUAAUUGACAUAAUUGGUUUACAUUGUUAGAUAAUAGUAAUUAUGUCAAUGGAUUCUGUAAUAUUUAUUGAUAUAUAAAACUAUAGUGGCUAAAAAAAGGGCAACAUAAUAUAGCAUAAAACUCGUCCUCAGUUUCACCUAAGUUACACAAAACACAAUCUUUUAGAUCUACUUAUGUUAUGAUAGCGACCAAGUCAAUAGCUAAGCUAUGUGAUGAUAAUCUUAUCUUUGUGAUGCAUUGGGUUUUUAAAAAAUAAACUUGGGAUAGUUUUCAUCAGAUUAUUUUGUAAAAUAAGCUUUUACUAAAUAUUUAUACCAAUAUGAACAUUUGAUAGACGUAUUUAGAAGCCCACUAAGAUCUUGCUUACACUGGUCCAUAAUUCUCUGUUUAUUAACGGCAAAUACAAAUUACCAUUUAAUGCUUUUUGAUUGCACCACAGUUCAUAAAAACCUAAUGAACAAAAUAUUAGUCUUUCUCAGUUGUUAACUAUAUCACAUUUUGAUCCAAGUUUCAUAUAUGCAGAGUGCAAUAUACGAUUAUUUGCAUUCAAUAAUUUAAACCAGUAUUUUAUCAUACA